CAAGGCCAUCGAGAGCUGGAUCCUGACGCUCAGGGAGUGCAUAUAAGCAGGUCGAGGAUGACCCUCGUCUACAAACCAGUACGUCCCGAGCAUCGAGCCGCACAUCGGUCAGCACUGACAAGAGCCCCAUCCACAGCUCUCCUCAUCAUCACCGCCAUGCAGCUCAACUUCGCCGCCCUCACCACCCUCGCCCUCGCCCUCGCGUCCGCCGCGCCCUCGGCGCUCGCAGCCACCUGCUACUCCCAGUCCGGCUGCAAGAACUGCGAGUCCCACGACAGCGUCGAGUCCGCCCGCCAGACCUUCUGCGGCGGCAGCGACUGGUCGCACUCGGGCGGGAUCAGCUGGGGCUGGGCGCACGUCACGCUCGACGGGCAGUUCGCGACGCAGCAGGAGUGCUGGGACGGGUUCCAGCAGGUGAUCGACCAGUGCUACGGGCACAAGGACGGCGGGAUCUACAACUUUGACUUUAACGGGAACUCGGCCCGCCUCGAUGUUGGAUUCUGCAACUGCGAGUGAGCGGCGCGCGGGCUCGCUCGGCUGGAAGGGAGGGAGGGCGAAAUGUGGGGGCACGGGAGCUUGAAGGGGGUUCUGCGGAUUGGGGUUGUCUGGGUCUUAUGUUGCUCGUGAUGUCGUGU